AUGUCAGGAGAUGCCCAAGUGAAAGAAAUUUUUUUGCCAUUUCGCCAAUUGCCCGGGGGACGAUGGCAUGACGACGGUCACCUGACCCUCGAUGAUUUGAAGCGAAUUCACGAGAGCGUGAAAGAAGAAAUAAUGCACGAGUCUGAAUCCGUCUUGCAAUGGGUGCGAUCGUCGCAAGGCGUUCUGAGAUGUCGGAUGUGCCCGUACAAGACUAAGGACGAAGACAAGUUCGAAAAGCACCAAGGAAGCGUACACAGAUUGCGAGGCAAACCGGAAUCUCCUUUACAGGGUCAGGCGAAAUACAGUUGUGAUCAUUGCGACUUCACCACAUCGAUCGGUCAGAAUCUCCGUCGCCAUGAGCACUCAUGCUCAGGCUUUCCUAGAAAUAAAUUGUUCCGAUGUCCGCAGUGUCCGUUUCAGACUCCGAGGAUGCACGAAAUCUCCCGUCAUAUGAAUGCACAUCUGUUCGGCGCAGUGGCCGAGGCUCGUCUUCAGCUGCACCCAAGCGUCGCUGUCAGCCACCGAGAGUCACCCCUCAGCGAAGAUGAUGCCGAAAUCAUUGUAGGAGAUGAAGAGUGAUGCUUAUCAGUCAUGCUAGUAGCAGAACUAGAACGCAGUUCUCAUCCG